UCUUCAUCUUCCUCUGUACUUGACGUUCUUUGGAAGAUUUCCGCAGGGGGUUUCUCUGGGUCGUGAGAGAUAGAGGGAGAGAGAGAGGGGGAGAGGGGAAGAGAUGGAAGAGAAGGCUCCAGUUUUGGAGGCAGUGUUGAAGGAGGCCGUCGAUUUGGAGAACAUACCCAUUGAGGAGGUGUUUCAGUCCCUGAGAUGUAACAGAGAAGGGCUUACCUCGGCGGCUGCUGAGCAGAGGCUGGACCUUUUUGGCCACAACAAGCUUGAAGAGAAAAAGGAGAGCAAGUUCUUGAAAUUUCUGGGUUUCAUGUGGAAUCCCCUGUCCUGGGUCAUGGAGGUUGCUGCUAUCAUGGCCAUUGCACUUACAAAUGGAGGGGGCAAGCCUCCAGAUUGGCAAGAUUUCAUAGGCAUCAUCACUCUUCUGUUUAUAAACUCCACGAUUAGCUUUAUUGAGGAGAACAAUGCCGGUAACGCUGCGGCUGCACUUAUGGCUCGUCUUGCUCCCAAAGCUAAGGUACUUAGAGAGGGAAGAUGGGGUGAGCAGGAUGCUUCAAUCCUGGUUCCUGGUGAUAUUAUCAGUAUCAAACUUGGAGACAUCAUUCCGGCUGAUGCUCGCCUUCUUGAAGGAGAUCCUCUGAAGAUUGAUCAGUCUGCAUUGACGGGCGAGUCUCUUCCUGUGACGAAAGGCCCUGGAGAUGGUGUUUAUUCGGGAUCCACGUGCAAACAAGGAGAAAUUGAAGCCGUGGUUAUUGCAACUGGUGUCCACACCUUCUUCGGAAAGGCUGCCCACCUAGUUGAUACAACUAACCAAGUGGGACACUUCCAGAAGGUUUUGACUGCUAUUGGGAACUUUUGUAUAUGCUCCAUUGCGUUGGGGAUGAUAGUCGAGAUAAUUGUCAUGUACCCAAUUCAAGACAGGGAGUACCGUUCUGGAAUUGACAAUCUCCUUGUGCUACUAAUAGGAGGAAUUCCAAUCGCAAUGCCUACCGUGUUGUCGGUGACGAUGGCUAUCGGUUCGCACAGAUUAUCUCAACAGGGAGCCAUCACGAAGAGGAUGACUGCCAUUGAAGAGAUGGCUGGAAUGGAUGUGCUUUGCAGUGACAAGACUGGGACACUCACGCUGAACAAACUUACAGUUGAUCAGAAUCUUAUUGAGGUGUUUGCAAAAGGAGUGGAUAAAGAAACUGUUGUUUUGAUGGCAGCACGAGCUUCUAGAUUGGAGAACCAAGACGCAAUAGAUGCUGCAAUAGUGGGGAUGCUUGCAGAUCCCAAGGAGGCUCGGGCUGGCAUUCGGGAAGUACAUUUUCUUCCUUUCAAUCCUACUGACAAGCGAACUGCUUUGACUUACAUUGAUCAUGAAGGUAAAAUGCACAGAGUGAGCAAAGGUGCCCCAGAGCAGAUCCUAAACCUUGCACACAAUAAGUCAGAAAUUGAGCGAAAAGUUCAUGGUGUGAUUGAUAAGUUUGCAGAGCGUGGUUUACGUUCUCUUGCUGUCGCAUAUCAGGAAGUUCCUGAAGGACAGAAAGAGAGUGCUGGAGGACCAUGGCAGUUCAUCGGUGUCAUGCCUCUUUUUGACCCACCCAGGCAUGACAGUGCAGAGACGAUAAGAAGGGCUCUGAAUCUUGGAGUGAAUGUUAAGAUGAUCACUGGUGAUCAACUGGCCAUUGGAAAAGAAACUGGUCGUCGCUUGGGAAUGGGAACCAACAUGUAUCCUUCAUCUGCUUUGCUGGGGCAAAACAAAAAUGAAACCAUUGAUGCAUUACCAAUUGAUGAGCUGAUAGAAAAGGCUGAUGGCUUUGCUGGUGUUUUCCCUGAGCACAAAUAUGAAAUUGUGAAACGACUGCAAGCGAGGAAGCACAUCUGUGGAAUGACUGGAGAUGGAGUGAAUGAUGCUCCUGCUCUCAAGAAAGCUGACAUUGGGAUAGCUGUUGCUGAUGCAACUGAUGCUGCUCGUAGCGCUUCCGACAUUGUCCUCACAGAACCUGGCCUUAGCGUGAUUAUUAGCGCUGUUCUGACCAGCCGUGCAAUAUUCCAGAGGAUGAAAAAUUACACUAUCUACGCUGUUUCCAUUACAAUCCGAAUUGUGCUUGGUUUCAUGCUGCUGGCCCUCAUAUGGAGGUUUGACUUUCCACCUUUUAUGGUCCUGAUCAUAGCAAUCCUCAAUGAUGGGACUAUCAUGACUAUAUCAAAGGAUAGAGUAAAACCGUCUCCUCUUCCAGAUAGUUGGAAACUGUCAGAGAUUUUUACUACUGGCAUUGUCCUCGGCAGUUACUUGGCAAUGAUGACAGUCAUAUUCUUUUGGGCAGCAUACAAAACGAACUUCUUCCCGCGGGUAUUUGGAGUGCCCACUCUGGAGAAGACAGCUCAUGAUGACAUUCGGAAGCUUGCCUCAGCAAUAUAUCUGCAAGUCAGCACUAUAAGUCAGGCUCUAAUCUUUGUGACACGGUCCAGGAGUUGGUCUUACGUUGAGCGUCCUGGAUUACUGCUAGUGGUGGCCUUUGUGAUUGCUCAGCUGAUUGCCACUGUAAUUGCUGUCUAUGCAAACUGGGGAUUUGCUGCUAUCGAAGGAAUUGGUUGGGGCUGGGCUGGUGUGAUCUGGCUUUACAAUAUCAUUUGCUAUAUCCCGCUUGAUAUUAUCAAGUUCUUCACUUGCUAUGCACUGAGCGGGAGGGCUUGGGACCUCGUGCUUGAGCGAAAGGCUAACUUUACGAGGCAGAAAGAUUUCGGUAAGGAACAUCGGGAGCUUCAGUGGGCACAUGCACAAAGAACGCUGCAUGGAUUGCAACCACCUGAUGCGAAGUUCAGUGAGCGGACUCAUGUUACAGAGUUGAAUCAAAUAGCUGAGGAAGCUAUGAGAAGGGCUGAAAUUGCUAGGUUGAGAGAACUUAAAACAUUGAAAGGUCAUUUUGAAACAGUUGUCCGACGAAAGGGGCUCGACAUAGACACAAUACAGCAAGCCUACACUGUUUGAGGAAGAAUCCUGUUCUGUCAUAGAUUUGCACAUUCUAUGCAGCUCAGAGUGAUGACGUAAUUAGAUUAUCAUGAGGCUUAGACUAUACUUCUAGCUCCUAUUAACUCAUUUCCUAUUUUCCGUCCUCAACGGGCUGACGAGCUGUUGUUGUAUUUAUCACUUUAGUUAGCUCAAAUACUGGGCUAAAAAGCCCCUUUCCAAUGUGCUGUUAGUUUAUAUAUGAUGCGGGCAAGUUCUAUAGCUUC